AUGACAGCUCGUGCGCCUAAUCCUGCCUCGGGAUCUCGAAAGAUCUCUUUCAAUGUCAGCGAACAAUAUGAUAUCCAGGAUGUUGUAGGAGAAGGAGCUUAUGGUGUUGUCUGUUCAGCUUUGCACAAGCCUUCGGGCCAAAAGGUCGCUAUCAAGAAGAUCACUCCAUUCGAUCAUUCCAUGUUCUGUUUGCGAACACUCCGUGAGAUGAAGCUACUCCGAUACUUCAAUCACGAAAACAUCAUCUCCAUUCUCGAUAUCCAGAAGCCAAGAAACUAUGAAUCCUUCACCGAAGUUUACCUUAUUCAGGAACUCAUGGAGACCGAUAUGCAUCGUGUAAUUCGCACCCAAGAUUUAUCCGACGACCACUGCCAAUACUUUAUCUACCAAACCCUCCGAGCCUUGAAAGCUAUGCACUCCGCAAAUGUUUUACACAGAGAUUUGAAGCCAUCUAAUCUGUUACUCAAUGCCAACUGCGACUUGAAGGUCUGCGAUUUUGGUCUUGCUAGAUCGGCUGCAUCCCAAGAAGAUAACUCUGGUUUCAUGACAGAAUAUGUCGCAACCAGAUGGUAUCGUGCUCCGGAGAUUAUGUUGACAUUCAAGGAAUACACCAAGGCUAUUGAUGUCUGGUCUGUUGGAUGUAUCUUGGCCGAGAUGUUAAGCGGAAAGCCCCUGUUCCCUGGAAAGGAUUAUCACCACCAACUCACACUUAUUCUUGACGUUCUUGGUACUCCAACCAUGGAAGAUUACUAUGGUAUCAAAUCUCGUCGUGCAAGAGAAUAUAUCCGAUCGUUGCCAUUCAAGAAGAAGGUCCCUUUCAAGGCCAUGUUCCCAAAGACCUCUGAUCUCGCUUUGGACCUCCUCGAGAAGCUUCUCGCUUUUAACCCAGUCAAGAGAAUCACUGUCGAAGAAGCACUGAAGCACCCAUACCUUGAACCAUACCAUGACCCCGAAGAUGAGCCAACCGCCAACCCCAUUCCAGAAGAAUUCUUUGAUUUCGACAAAAACAAGGACAAUCUCACCAAGGAACAACUCAAAAAUUUGAUUUAUGAAGAGAUCAUGAGAUAG